AGAUGCGGAGACGGAGACGUCUUUGAAAGCAUCAGUGCAUCGAUUUCCUCGGAACGCGCACGUCGACGUCGACGUCACGAAAAUGAUUGUUCGCCAUGGAACGUUAUGGGCGAUCGUUAUGGUGCUCGUUCUUCUCGUAUCGCUCUCGUCGUCCGUGAAGCUACGGAAGCCACGAAAAAGACUUACGGCCACGAGAAUCCCGUAUCAACAGUCUAGAAUCGAACCGGUGAUCAUAAGGGUGAUGCACAAAUACCCCGACGGCGGUUUCCACGUCGGUUGCACCAAGGGCAAGUGCAGAAUCGCGCACGACAAGCAUAAUGUCGACGUUAACAAAGCGAUAUCCGAGGAAGACGGUUCCCUCUCCGACAAGGAAGCGUUGCGUUACGUCGUCCAUCCGAAGGAAUACGAGCAUUUCGUAUUGAAGAAAAAUACAGGACACGGGAGCAGAUACAAGAGGGACUCUGCAUUUCCGGGAUCGCAUACGUUAAAUGCGGAAAAUGACGUCGCGAUCGCCGGUGUGACCGAUGCAAAUCGAACCUCGGCGAACGGGAAUACCACGGGUCUCGUGAGAGUCCCGCUAUACAGAGUCGACAAGUAUAGAAGAGUUAAUCCCACGCACAGAACGAAAAGAAGCCUAGCCGCCGACUAUUUUACACGAAGAAACGACAGCUAUUAUUAUGCGCAGCGGAAAGCCGUUAUGGACAGAUAUUACGCUCGGCAGCGUGAGAUAAAUGCGCGAUAUGUCAAUCGAACGGGUGGCAUUCCGCGACCGGAACGCAACGACGUGUCGCGGCAUCGUCCGGUGAUGAGCAACGCCAGCCUCUUCGAAUUUGGAUACGCCAACGAGUACGCCAACAAGGACCCGGCGACGCGGGACAGCGGGACUUUUCGUUAUUCGUUCGUAAAACUCGAUCCGGUAUACAGCAACGAGUCGCAACGGUACAACGGAAAGUCGGCCGAAUUGGCCAGUCGGCGAAACGUCGCUCCGGAGAUCAAUCUCGAUUUCAAGUCCGACGCGGACGUGCCGCAAAGCACGAGAAGCAGCAACAACGACAUCGAAAGAAACGCGUUGGAUCUUUUCGUUACGCCUACGCCAUGCACGAGCAUAUCUUUGUCUGGCACUUUCGCACCGAAAACGCGAUCCAAGAACGCCGAGAAUUGCACCCAGACAGAGCAACGGAGCAACGAAGACCUUGAUUACAAUUCGACAGAUAGUGAUAAUAGCGAAGGCAGACAAAGAUGGGGAAGGUGCAAAGGGGAAAUCGUGUAUCAGCACAACCUGCUUCUAGGAUUAACGGGUCCCUCGAAUCUCAACGCUUUGUUCGAGGUGAUCAUUCAGGGUCCCGUCUGCAUCACCUGCGUGGAGACGUUGCGAUAUAACGAAACGAGAGCGACUGUCACGUUGGAUUCCGGUGGACGUGGCCACGAUUACGCCAAACUCAGACUACAGGGAUACGAGAACGAGGGAUUCUCCUACAUAAUAAAAGUUUGGGGCGUCAAGAAAAUCAGUCAGGUUUGCGACAACGUAGACUAAUCGGAAGGUAUAAAUAAGCUGCGAAAAUAAGUGAACCAAGUAAUACUACCAGUUAUUCACGUAUAAAAAGUCUUUAAUGUAAAAAUUAAGUAUCUUUUCUAUAAAUAUAUUGAUAUGUAGCAUUUAACGUUAUUUUAGUCUUACUAUAUGAUACUAAGUGAGUCGCAUCGCAAGCUAUAUAAAACAGAAAAACAAAUUAACACAUAUGUAAAAUACAUCACAAAAGUUCAAAACUGUCUCCAUGAAAAAUAUCAAACGAAUUGUAAAAGUAAUUCGAUUUUCUCUUUUGAUUCGGCAUCAGUCUAAGUCAGUAGUAAAAACAAAACUUUUUUUUAACAUUGUCGAGCUGCAGCGUCAUACAUAUUGAAUAUUAUAUACUCAAGUAAUCGCAAUUAAAGUUCAAAUGUACUGCCAAUCGAUUGCAGAACUGCGUCAACGAGCAGUCGAUUAUUUUUCAACGUACAAACAAUAAAGGCUUUUUA